AUGGAGGUGGCUCGUACCUCCAUGAUCCAUGCGGCUGCUCUCCAUUUUUUGUGGUUGUUUGUGGUCCGGUACGCUGCGAAUCAGCUCAACCUCUGGCCCCGUGUCUCCUUGCCAGAGACCUCGCCUACACUGCAUUGGACGGGGGAGGUUGGCGAUGCGUCGGUGUUCCGGGUCUGGGGCGCUCGUGCCCUUGUGCGCGAUACCUCCGCGGACAAGCUCUCCUCCCGCGCCAUUCCCAACGUCUUCCUUGGCUUUCCCACUGACGCGCCUGGCUGGCAGUUUUACCACCCCACCUUGCGCCGUGUUCUGUCCUCUCAGGACGUCACGUUUGACGAGUCAGUUCCCUUUUACCGUCUCUUCCCCUUCUGCACUGCCCCUCUCCCCCCCCCCCGCCGCUCUUCCUCGCUCCAGCCUGUCGAGGUCAUUGGCGACUCUGGUGCUGCUGGGGUUGGUGCUGCUCGGGGUGCUGCGUCUGGGGGUGCUGAGCCUGCGGGUGCGGAGCCUGGGGGUGCUGAGCCUGAGCGUGUGGAGCCUGGGGGUGCUGAGCCUGCGGGUGCGGAGCCUGGGGGUGCUGAGCCUGCGGGUAUGGAGCCUGGGGGUGCAGAACUUGGGGGUGCUGAGCUUGCGGGUGCGGAGUCUGGGGGUGCUGAGUCUGGGGGUGCUGAGCCUAGGGGUGCUGCGUCUGCUGGAGGUCCUACGGUGGCGCUACUGGAGCUGGAGGCCUUGUCGCUGGAGGCGCUGGCGCUGGAGACACUGGAGCUGGAGACACUGGAGCUGGAGGCGCUGGAUCUGGAGGUGCUGGAGUUGGAGGUGCUAGAGCUGGAGGCACUGGAGCUGGAGGCGCUGGAGCUGGAGGCGCUGGAGCUGGAGGCACUGGAGAUGGAGGCGCUGGAGCUUGAGGCACUGGAGCUGGAGGCGUUAGAGCUUGAGGUGCUGGAGGUGGAGGUGCUGGAGCUAGAGGUGCUGGAGCUGAAGGCACUAGCGCUGGAGGCGCUGGAGCUGGAGGCGCUAGAGCUGGAGGUGUUGGAGAUGGAGGCACUAGAGCUGGAGGCGCUGGAGCUGGAGGCGCUGGAGCCAGAGGCGUUGGAGCUGGCGUUGUUGGCGCUGGAGGCCCCAGAGCUGGAGGUUCUUAGUCUUCCUUCGUCCACUGCCCUUCCUCCAGACUCACCGCUGCCUGCCCCCCCUCGUUGCACAAAGCAGCCAGCCUCCCUUACCGAGCGUUGUGAGCCUGCGUCCUGUCCUGCCUCCCCUGUUCGCACUGUUCGUCGUGCUCGUCGUGUUCCCCGUCCUCGUCCUCCACCUGUCCCCGGCACGCACAGUAUGGCACUACGUCCUUCCUCUAUUCCACAGCGCGUUCCCCUGCCGUCUCCUCCGGCGUCCUCUCUUCCUGACGUUCCGGACCCUGAGUCUGACACGUCUCUUGGCCACUACUACGUCGCUUGUCUUGUUGCUGAGUCUGAGUCUGUCUGUCCUCCGUCCGUUGGGGGUGAGUGUGCUCUUGGCACGAACGUCCUUGAGGAUAGGCAGGAGGACUUUGAGUGUCUUGCGGCUGCUGUACCUCAUCUUGUGGCCAUGUUGCUUGCACCUGAGGGAGACCCGGAUGCACUGGACAUCCCGACCCCGCGCUCUUACACAGAGGCGAUCUCGGGUCCCUACUCCUCUUAG